AUGACUAAUCUCCACGAUUUAGAUCUCACCGAUUGCUCAAGCCUUAUGGAGCUCCCUUUUUCUAUUGGAAAUAUGACUAAUCUCGAGAAGUUGAAUUUAUAUGGAUGCUCAAGCCUUGUGGAGCUCCCUUUUUCUAUUGGAAAUAUGACUAAUCUCAAGAAGUUGAAUUUAUAUGGAUGCUCAAGCCUUGUGGAGCUCCCCUCUUCUAUUGGCAAUAUGAUUAAUCUCAGAAAUCUGGAUCUCGAAGGAUGCUUAAGCCUUGUGGAGCUCCCCUCUUCUAUUGGCAACAUGACUAAUCUCACCAAUCUGGAUCUCGAAGGAUGCUUAAGCCUUGUGGAGCUCCCCUCUUCUAUUGGCAACAUGACUAAUCUCACCAAUCUGGAUCUCGAAGGAUGCUUAAGCCUUGUGGAGCUCCCCUCUUCUAUGGGAAAUAUGACUGAUGUCAGGAGUUUGUAUCUCACCGGAAGCGCAAGCUUUGUGGAGCUCACUUCUUCUGUUGGGAAUCUUCAUAAUUUGCAAUACUUGUGUUUGAAUGGUUGUUCAAAGUUAAAGGCCCUUCCUAACAACAUCAACAUUAAAUCUCUUGAUGAGCUUGAUCUCAGUGACUGCUCGUUAUUGAAAAGCUUUCCUGAGAUUUCCACAAACAUUAGAGUUUUAACGCUCAAUGGUACUGCAGUUGAAGAAGUUCAUCCAUCAAUCAGGUCAUGGUCUCGUCUUGAAAGGUUACGUAUGUCAUACAGUGAAGACCUCGGGAAAUCCCAGCAUGCGUUUGACCUCAUCAAGGAGCUUCACUUGAGCGACACACGAAUACAAGAAGUUGCUCCAUGGGUCAAGGAAAUGUCUCGUCUACAUAAACUUGUAACGAAGGGACGCACAAAGCUGGUUUCGCUCCCACAGCUUCCAGAUUCAUUACAAAUCAUAGAUGCAGAAAACUUUGAUUGGGCUACAAGAAACCUCUUACACCUGUCUUACCUCAGCACAAAUAUAUGUUGCAAGGUUUUCAAGGAAGGGAGACAAACCGUUGGUCAUCAACAAGAAUGCUCUUUCCUACAAGUUCCAAAUUCACCAGGGAUUUGA